UGACGAAAAAUUGUUUGCCAAUAAUUAAUGUUUGAUAGCAUACUAACUAAAUAAAAGUUUUGUUUAAAUAAAACGUUCAAUGAUUAGAUAACUUGAUUUUGAUAUUAUUAUUAUUAACCAUUUAUUAGCCAUAGACUCAUAUACAGUAGUAUAGCCCAUUAUGAGUGCCAAUUCCAGUGUUAGUUCACCGCAGACCUGGCCAGCCGAUGACCAGAUUACCGAUGAAAGCGAUUUAGUGGCGUUUACUACCAAAUUGACUUUAAACGAUAGCAUUCAUAAUGCAAAUCAAACUGAUAAUCUUAGGACUGGUUUGGUCUACUAUGAAGAGAUGUCCGAACACAGGUGUCUGUGGGACGACAAACAUCAGGAAAAUCCCAAACGAUUUACUGAGACAUUGAAACGAUUCAAAGAACUGGAUCUAAUUGACAGAUGUCUUCUCGUCAAUCCUAGAAAAGCGACUGAAGAUGAGGUACUGAUGAUUCAUACGACAGAUUACUUAUCGGAAGUAAAGAGUACACAGAAUGAUGAAGACUUGGAACUACUGGAGGAAAAGGCAUCCCGUUUUGAUGCCAUCUACUUUCAUCCCAAGACCUACGAGUUGGCCCUAUAUUCUGCCGGUUCUACUAUUGACUUAUUAACAGAUAUCGCGACCGGAAAAGUGAGGAACGGGUUUGCUUUAGUGCGACCGCCCGGUCAUCACGCCAUGAGUUCCGAGGCCUGCGGUUACUGUUUCUUCAACAAUGUUGCCAUCGGUGCCCAGCAUUGUCUUAAUAAUCUUGGUUUGGAUCGCAUUCUGAUAGUCGACUGGGAUGUACAUCACGGACAGGCCACUCAAUAUUCAUUUUACGACGACAAACGUGUUUUGUAUUUCUCUGUCCAUCGCUACGAGUCGGGCGCCUUCUGGCCCGAACUAAUCGAAAGUAACUUCAAUCAUAUCGGUGGCAACAAUGCAAAAGGAUUCAACAUAAAUGUGCCGUUGAAUGAAACAGGAAUGACCAAUGCUGACUACCUGUCCAUUUGGCACAAUAUACUUUUGCCAAUUGCCUACGAGUUUGAUCCACAGAUGGUGAUUGUAUCGGCCGGUUAUGACGCAGCAUUUGGCUGUCCCGAAGGCGAAAUGCUUUUAAGUCCUGUCAUUUAUUCACAUCUUUGUCAUUCCUUAAUGUCUUUAGCAAACGGAAAGAUAUGUAUUGCCUUAGAGGGCGGUUAUUGUAUACCAUCUUUGGCCGAAAGUGCAGCUAUUACUCUACGAACACUGAUAGGAGAUCCCUGUCCACUAAUAGAAGAGUUGCCACCGAUAAAAGAUUCGAUGGUAUCAUCUGUUUUGGAUGUUAUCAGCGCUCUGCGUCCAUAUUGGAAGUGCCUUAAAAUGCAGGGAUCUUUUGAUAGACAAUCAGGUGAUCCGACUAACAAUAACAGACAGCACUUGCCUAUUGUCGAAUAUAAAGGCAAAAUGGCUUUAAUGGACAAACCGGUCCGUUAUCCAACACGUGGCUGUUGUCCCGUUCAAGACGCUGAUACAAAACAACAGAUCUUGAAUGAGAUCAAUCGCCAGAAAGCCAUAACAGAUUUGUCGCCGAAAUUCACUCAACACCGGACUUGUAUUGUAUAUGACGAUCAAAUGGAGAGACACAAGAGUUGGUCAACACAUCCCGAGAGGCCGUCACGAACUAAAUUUAUAUUCGAAAAGUUAAAGUCGAAUAAAUUGUUCGACAAAUGUCUUAGAUUAGAGAGUAGAUCAGCUACUGAUGAUGAAAUCAGUUUAGUUCACACCAGAGAGUACAUUGAUUUCAUUAAGUCUACCGAAAAGUUAUCUGAAAAAGAGUUAUGGGAUUUAUUCAAAAGAUUAAAUUUUACUUACAUUAUAACCGAAACAUAUAAGGCGGCUAAACUUGCCGUCGGUAAUGUGCUUCAAGUGGUCGACAGUGUACUCAGCGAUCAAUGUCUAAAUGGAUUUGCGUGCGUCCGACCUCCAGGUCAUCACUCCAGUCAAUCUGAGGCUUCAGGCUUCUGUGUCUUUAAUAAUGUUGCCAUCGCUGCCAACUAUGCCAUCAGUAAAUAUGGUCGCAAACGAGUCCUAAUACUUGACUGGGAUAUACAUCACGGCAAUGGAACUCAAAAGAUAUUUGACGGCAACGAUAAAGUGCUAUUCAUAUCAUUGCAUCGAUACGAUUACGGCAAAUGUUUUCCAAAAUCUCCUAAAGCCGACUACAAUAUCGGCAAACAUGUGGUCAACAUUCCCUGGAAUGACGGCCCGAUGUCCGACUCGGAGUAUUUGUUGGCCUUUUUCAAUGUUAUACUUCCAGUGGCCUAUAAUUUCAAUCCCGAUGUGGUGUUCAUUAGUGCCGGUUUUGAUUCAGCUAUAAAUGAUCCGUUGGGCGAAUAUAAACUGUCGCCACAAAUGUUUGGACACAUGACUCAUAUGAUGUCCCGUUUGGCGAAUGGAAAGUUGAUCGUAUGUCUGGAGGGUGGUUACAACAUAGUGUCCAAUGGAUUGGCCGCAUCCCAAUGCCUUUCCGUCCUAUUAGGCAAUGCACCCGAAUCACUGACAAAUGUUGUCAAUUACAAUGAAUCGGCGAUCAAAACACUGAAACAAGUGAUUGCAUUCCAGUCGACCAAUUGGACAAACUUACGGUUUGAUUGGGAUUUACCAGAAAACUAAAUAUAAAAAAACUAUUUUUUAUUAAAUUUAAAAAAUAAUACUUUGAUAAUAAUUUUAU